GAGAGAGAAAGAGAGAAAGAGGAGAGAGAGAGAUGGGAAACAUGAAGUGCAUAAAGAGGUCCAAUUCCAUCAUCAUCUUGGUUCCCUAUCCAGCACAAGGACAUGUCACUCCCAUGCUUAAAUUAGCCUCAGCCUUCCUCAGCCAUGGCUUCAAGCCAGUGCUGGUCACACCAGACCACAUUCACAACCAGAUAGUCCCAAAGGUUGAACAAAACGACAAGAUUUUGUGCAUGCCAAUCCCAGAUGGACUGGACAAGGACGCCCCAAGGGACUUCUUCGCCAUUGAGAAGGCCAUGGAGAACACCAUGCCAGGCCAUCUGGAAAGCCUUGUUCAUCAACUUGAUCAUCAGGAUGGUGAUCAAGUGGUGUGUAUAGUUGCUGAUUUGUUGGCUUCGUGGGCCAUAGAUGUAGCCAAUCGCUGUGGGGUACCCUCUGCUGGGUUUUGGCCUGCGAUGCUUGCCACAUAUCGCUUGAUCACUGCCAUACCAGAUAUGGUCAGGACAGGUCUCAUUUCUGAUACAGGAUUUCCAAAGCAACAUGGUGGUAUAUGCUUGCCUAAUCAACCUCUGCUCUCUAGUGAAGAUCUUCCCUGGUUGAUUGGCACCCCAGCUUCAAGAAAAGCAAGAUUCAAAUUUUGGAAAAGAACCUUGGAUCGAUCAAAAACUCUUCCAUGGCUCCUUGUAAAUUCUUUUCCAAAUGAAUAUUGCACCAAUGGUGAACAACAACUUGAUCAUCAUCAAUUAGUCAAGAUGAACACUCAAGCCCAACAACCUCUAGUUUUCCCAAUUGGUCCUCUGAGCAAGCACACAACAAUCAAGAACCCUAGCUUUUGGGAAGAAGACACAAGCUGCUUAACUUGGCUAGACAAGCAAAACCCUAACAGUGUAAUUUACAUAUCUUUUGGAAGUUGGGUAAGCCCCAUUGGAGGGGCAAAGGUGAGAAGCUUGGCAUUGGCACUUGAAGCUUUGGGGAAGCCAUUCCUUUGGGUGCUUGGGUCUUCAUGGCUUGGAGGGCUACCAAAUGGGUACUUGGAGAGAGUCUCAAGGCAAGGCAAAGUUGUUUCAUGGGCCCCACAAAUGGAGGUCCUGCAACACAAAGCUGUAGGGUUUUAUCUCACACAUUGUGGCUGGAACUCAACAAUGGAGGCCAUCCAGUGCCAAAAACCCCUCUUGUGCUAUCCAGUGGCUGGGGACCAAUUUGUAAAUUGUGCCUACAUUGUCAAAGUUUGGAGAAUUGGGGUGAAAUUAAUUGGGUUUGGACAGAAGGAUGUGGAGGAAGGAUUGAAAAAGGUGGUGGAGGAUGCUGAGAUGAGCAACAGGCUGAGGAAGCUAAAUAAAAGGACCAUGGGAGAUGAGGCUAAUUUGAGAGUUGUGGCUAAUCUCUCUGCCUUCAUUGAUGAUCAGCUUAAGAUAUUAACACUUGGGUUUUCCUCCAAUGGUGUUCAUGAUUAUGAUUAAGAUAUAUAGCUUAUUAUAUUUUGUUAAUUAUGUAAUUUAAUAUGUAAAGAGAGAGUAUAAAUCAAUACAUAGUAGUGGAAUUCCA